AUGGAGACGACAAAGAAGAGGAAGCUUCGGCUGUACCAUCUCAAAGAGUCUGCUAUCAAAAGCAGCCAGAAAUAUAUUUCCUCAACAACUACCAGUCCCAUGGACACUUUGCCAGAUGAUGUUAUUGUAUCCAUCCUCUCCAAUUUGGUAAUCAACGAAGCAGUUUGCACUAGUGUCCUUUCUCAUAGAUGGCGUCAAUUGUGGCGAUCCGCUUCAUCCGAUUUAGUUUUCGAUCUUUCGAAGUGCGAAAAAGGAAGCGCAAAUAAUCCAUAUUUGAUGAAAGCAAUGAGGGAGUGCAUGGACUUACGAAUGCACCAACCUUCAAAUAUGGAUAAGUUCAUAAUUCACUUCAAUUUCAAUCACAAUACUAUUCGAGUGAACCCCAACCAUGCUCGCCAGUGUCGCGAUGAGCCGGGUUACAUUGUCAGUGAUGCGCUUAUCUGUGAUUGGAUUCGUUUUGCCAUUCAAAAGAAAGUCCGAGCUCUUGAAUUGGUCGGCAUUCCUUUCGAACCGGUUCGUAUUAAAGGGGUCCAUGCUGCUUUUCGGUACCCUGACUUUGAUAAAUUAAUAACAAUGCCACGGGAGAUCAUAGCUCUUGUGGGAAAUAAUAGCUGCUGUUUUGGUUCAUUGACAUCAUUGACACUGGAAAACUUUAACAUGGAAGCUGAUGUGUUGGAUUACUUCUUGUCCAAUUCUCCGUUUCUCGAAAACCUAUCCUUAAAUGGCGCAGCGGGUUUUAAGAAUCUAAACAUCGUUAAUAAUCCGCAUCUCAAGUCCUUGCGCAUACGUAAAUGUUGGGAUUUGCAUUUUGAAAGCUUGAAGAUUUCUGCUCCGAAUCUGGUAUCUUUAGAAUACCUCGCGCGUAGUUCUAGUUUGCCCAGCAGCGUUUGCUUCGAAAAUGUCCCUCUCCUGUCAAAUUUGACAAUGAACACAGCUUUUCUGAGAUCCUUCACCUACGACAAACCCUUGCAUCGAGUUUACUCCAAACAACUCGAAAAGAUCGUCAUGCAUUUGUGUCCUACGGAGGACUAUGAUUUCACUGUCAGUUAUAGCAAAUGUCCAGAUUUUCCUAGUUUAAGAAGGCUCAAACAACUCGAACUGUUCAUCACUACAAUGCCUACGGCAAGUCUCCUCUAUUAUGCAGCAUGUGUUGGGGAGUGCCCUUUCUUGUCUAGCUUGUCUGUUCAGUUCCUUUACAAGGAUACAGCCUGGAAAUUCGAGAAUUACAUUAAUUAUCGAUCUGAAAGACUAAAAAAGAAAUUGGAGACGCGAGUUAGGCAACAUCAUCACAAGCAUUUAAAAGUGGUGAGAUUGACGGAUUUUGAAGAAAAUGCAGAACAAGUUGAGUUUGCAAUGAAAUUGGUUGGAAUGUGCAAAUCACUGGAGAAAUUAAUAAUCAAAACCAAAAGGGCAAAUCAUAAUGAUAUCAGUAAGCAAAAUACGGGAAUAAUGUUGUCAGAAGAAACGAUGCGAGAGCUCCAAGAUAAUCUACCGAACAAUGCUAAAAUGGUGGUAGAAGAGUAG